AUAAGAGGUACGUGGCUAACGCGAGAAUUUUUUUUUGGUUUCUGCAGAAUGCAAACGGAGUAUUCGGCUGGCACUGUCGCGGCGGCCAAGAGUCUGCAGACCUACACGUACAUAUUCACGUCGGCAGCCACAUUCUGGACCUAUGAUUAUGUCUGUUCACUUCGCCAAGAGUUGGCGUUCCUUUUUCAAUCUCGCUGGACCAAGGUCAAAGGCCUGUAUAUUGUUACCCGAUACGCGCCUUUUCUCCUCCUCAUCGAGCAUCUAUACCUGAACUAUAUCCCCAAUGAGAACCCCAAUAAAUGCCUGAUAUUGAUCAAUAUUUCCAAAUGUUUCACCCUGAUGUUAAUGCUAUGCUCUGAAUGCUUUUUCAUUCUCCGGACAUGUGCGCUAUGGAACAACAACAAAAUCGUGGCCACAGCCACGGCGACCGCCUGUUUCGCUGUCAUUGUAACAUCCGCCAGCAUCUUCUUUGUCCCUACUACGUCUGCAACGUAUGAGACCAUCCCGAUCCCAGGCAUCACAGGUUGCUACCAACCCUCGAGCAGCCUCGAGACCUUCGUACCAUUUAUUCUUUUGUUUGUGCUCGAAUUGGGACUCAUCUCCCUCACACUCAUAUGCGCGAUACAGAGCUGGCGGACGACCAACAACCGUCUUUACGUCGUCCUGCUGAAGCAUAGUAUAUUCUAUUAUGCAUGCGGUCUACUUUUCUCGGGAGUAAAUGUCCUCAUGGGUCUGCUCCUCUAUGACGCGUACAGCAUCAUGUUCGAAGAUUUCCAGAUAUUCAUCCUUGCAAUCCUUGCCACGCGGAUGCACCUCCAUCUAUGGCAUGUCAGCCGGAACCUACACGACCCUGACAUCCAAUCAUUUAUUCCUCUAACCGACAUGUCAUCUGCGAGCCGCACGGGGUGAAAUCGGCAUACUUGCUUGUUUGGCGUCGUUUAUGGAAUGAAUUUAGAACAGUGCGAGGAGACCAGUCACUCUCUUCGUGCGCACAACGUUUUAGUUGGAUGUGCAUGUAUCGAGAGGUGACUUAGUCAGAUUCGGGAUUUGCGCACUUGGUCUGUUUAACACCAG